AUGGAAAGGUUUGCAACGCAGUUCUUUCGGGGAGUGUACAACCGAAUGCCGUUUCUGUCGGAGAGACGCUUCAGAGCGCAUCUUCCCUACCUGUAUGCUCGGCCGAAAGCCGAUUAUAUCCUGCUGUGUCUAAGCAUCAGCCUCAUCUUACAGAAGCCAAAGAAUGUUGACUUCGAUGCUGGGACAAUGCAAUCGUCGUUGUAUGUUACAAUCAAGUGUCUCAUCUCGAGCCUCGAAGCGGCAAAUCACAGCUCUCUGGACUUCCUGCAGGCACGGCUUAUUGUGUGUCACUACGAGCUAGGCCAUGGCAUAUACCCCGCAGCUGUUGUGUCGGUCGCCUCGUGUGCCGCAAGUGCGCGGAUAUUGGGCUUCGAACAAAAGCAUUUCCAAGACCGUGGGCAGGAUGCCAGUAAUGUUGCCCGGAUCCAUGCUGCGGAAGAAGAGAAGAGGACUUGGUGGGCGAUCAUCAACGUGGACAGAUUCAUCGGUCUCUGCGCGGGUGACAGUCACUUUGGAGCUUCUGACCCAUCACUUGAUGAUCUGCUGCCUAUUGACGACACGGCCUGGACUGCGGAUGUGCGCUCUACAGGUUUGACGGACGCUUUCGAUCUUCAUACCCCAUGUGAUGUGCAGGUCGGUCAAUUUGCACGAGAAUGCCAGAUGUUUCAUAUUGUUGGGCGGCUCGUGAGGCACGUGUUCGAGCCAGCCGCGGACACGAACUUCCAGAAGGCAGAAGCGACUCAAAUUGCUCGAACACUAAAUGCAUAUCUGCCCGUGCUUAAGCUCCAGGAAGAGGAGCACGGCUUCUACUGUGGUGCAUUUGCUAUAUGCUGCAGCUCGUUGUUCUUACUCUACGAAGCAUCGAUUUUGUCCGGCCUCUACAGUCCCGCUGAGACACAGUCGUUCUUUGCCGCCAUCGGAGACAUCUCUUUCCAGGCUACUGCAUUAAUUCAGAAAAUUUUUGAAACCACUUCCGGACCGCACACAAACGAGGACUUGUUCUCCUCAUUCCCACCAUACGCGUUCUAUCAGGCUGCGGUGGUGCAAAGGCGCCUGUGGAGGCAGACUGGACGACUUCAGUACCGAGAGGCCUUCGAUAAAAUCCACUCGGUAUUGGAAAUUUUCCAGCGAAGGUGGCAAUUUGCAAAAGUGUAUGUCCAACAGCUGGACGCCGCCACCGUCGAGCCAGUGAGUACACUUUACUUCGCUUGCGGAGGCAGAGCUCUGAGCGCCAGGGGUCCUACGGGUGAUCCACUGCGUCCAUAUGUAUCGUGA